GAAGUAAAGAUGGCUGGCCUGUGCUGGAUGGCUGUGGUGCUGGCCAUCUUUCUGUCUGCUGGAAACAGUUUGGCUGCUGUGGAUCAGAACUGGCUCGAAAGUAUUAUAGAAGGCAUCAAAAAUCAGUAUGCUCUUGGUGACACCUUCAGUCUGGCUGUGAACAUCCCACAGAACCAAGACCCAGAUAAUCUUCAGCAAGUCUUUCAGGAUGAUCCAGUAGACAAAGUGAAACAAACUGUUUCAGAGGGUCAAGUGUAUCAGGGGACCAGGUUAGUGGCAGCAGGGGCAGUAGAAAAAGUUCUUGAAAACAUACAACCCUUUAUUAAACGCUGUCAGGGUAAUUUCCUCGUAAUAUAUUCUGAAGAAUCCCCAUGUAGUCCGACGUGUACAAAUGCAAAUGAAGACAGUAUCGCGAGCAAGAUUAACGAUGUAAUUCAGAACUGGAAGGGUUAUGCUUUUGUGUUUUCUAAAGUAGUGGAUGUUCCUGGUGCAGACAUGUCUCAACAGUCUGAAUCCUUUAAAAAACUUGGGAUUUCUAAACUUGGUCUUGACAACAUUUUCCGUUGUUACCAACCUGGAGAUGAUCCUUUUCAGUGCACCAGCUGCUCCUCAGACGGAGAUGUUACACCCUCAUGUGUUUCAAACAAUGCCCCAUCAAUUCAAGAACCUGGCGUAGCGAACGAAAUAAGUACAGCCCCACCAACAGGCAUAGACUUGAGCAAUCAAAUAUUACCUGGCCAUGGUGGACGAAAAGGUGGCAAGGUUAGAAAACAAUGCAGGCGUAAAGGUGGCUGCAAGCGCAGAGGAGGCCGCAAGCGUGGAAAAGGUGGCAAGCGUGGAAAAGGUGGCAAGGUUAGAAAAAGAGGCAAGCAACGCAAAGGAGGCAAGGGUAGGAGACGGGGUAAACCUGGAGGAAGGCGCAGAGGCAAAGGUAAAAGGCGGGGCAACAAACGUGGUAGACGCAGAAGUCGUGGAUGGUGGAUGUUACUGCGAUGAUUGCAGUAACAAUGAAAUUUGAUUGCUUAUUGAGACAAAAAUGCCUUAUGCUUAAUAAAAAUGUCUUCCUAUAGAUUUUGUGACUCUCCUCUCAGGAAUUUAAGAUGUUUUAAUGCCUACGUCUGAGUUUUGGCACUGAUACUGAAAGGAUCCAUUUUUUAAGCUUUCAAAAGAGUACGGCUGGCGGUAUUCUAUUGAAUGUGAAUAUGAAUGUUCGAUCUUGUUGGCAACAAAUCUAAUGAAAACACCAAACCAACAGUAACAGUGAAUGUCUAUCUAUUGUACUAGGUGACAUGUUUCUUCAAUACUAUGAAAACACACACACACACACACACACACACACACACACACACACACACACACACACAAAAUAUUGUACUCACUUUUUCUGUAUCAUCUGAUGUUCUGUUCUUUCUGAUUAAA